AUGCCAGUAACCACCAGAAGCAAAGGUAAUCAGAAGCAGACACACUUGGAGGACUUUGACACCAAAGAGGAAAAGAAAGCCAAAGUGCAUGAUUCCAGGCGCAAGCUCCCACCAAAUCGCACCACUAAGAAGGAGAGCGAAGCCCGAUCCAAGCGCAAGCACAAACAGACCGACGAUGAAGCGGAAGCAGAAAAAGCUGUGCGUCCGGCAAAGAAACCAAAUAAGCAACAGAAGCAGACCUCUAUUAAGCCUGACGAGGAUCUAGCACCCGCCGAAACCAGCGAACCCGUAAUAAUCAACCGGGCGCCAGUCCUGCAGCUUUGGGGGGCUUGUGUCUCGCAGGCACUCUACCCGGCUCUUCCAUGGCGCACUCAUCUGAGUAUUGGCUCUGCGAUUUCCACAUUGUGCGCCAUCUCCAAGGGCCGCGCGAUCGGCACGAUCGACCAGCCAUCCAACGACCCGGCCGAGAGAGCCGAGAAGGAGAGAAAGAAACGGGCCGCCGAGGAAGGCGCGGACGACGAGGUCAACGUCAUGCGUUUCAGGCUGUUGUUGAAGGACCAAGCCGCGGUUGUUUCGGGGAAACCGCACAAGGCGAACGAGGAAUUGUUGAGGCACAAGUUUGGAGAUGGGGACGGGUACGAGAGGAUCAAGCGUGCCAUGGAGGAGGCGAUCGACUCGUGGAAGAACAAGGGUCAAGAGAAAGACCUUAACCUGAAGGCAUUCCACAUGUACGAAGAGUUCCGUCCCACAGUCCAGGGCGGACAAGGGGGAUGGGGGAGGAAGGGGGAGUUGAGGCCGGAAACGGUCAGGGAGGUGGUGACGAGGAAGUGA